AUGCGUCAACCACUUAGCACUCUCUUUUUGUUCUUCUUCUCCUUCCUCUCCCUCCCCCUCUCCCUCUCCCUCACAACCCCCGACUCCGACUCUCAAGCCCCCCAGGACUACAUCCACGCUGAAACUGACUACCAAGAACAACUGCAUCUCCGUCCCCUCCCUCGCGCCGCCCUUCUCGCUUCCUUCUCCUUCCGCUCCAACACUACAUUCAGCGAGUUUACCUCCCGCAACUUCCGACUCUUCCCCCGCUCCCUCGGGCAAAUCCUCUCCUAUGCCAACACCCGGGAACUGCAUCUGCGCUUUAACCUCGGCCGAUGGGACGCUGAGUCGUGGGGCUCGCGCCCUUGGAAUGGCGCUCGCGAAGGAGGGACAGGGGUGGAAUUGUGGGCGUGGCUCGUGGCGGAUAGUGAGGCUGAGGCGGAGAGGAAGUGGGUUGUGUUGACGAAUGCUUUGUCGGGGCUGUUUUGUGCGUCGUUGAAUUUUAUCGACUCGACCCGCACGACGAGACCGGUGAUGAGUUUCCGACCGGAGGGGAAUCAUAACGAUGUUGACCCGGGAAAGAUGCACCUGCUACAUGGCGUGCUACCGCACGAGGUGGUAUGCACAGAGAACUUGACGCCGUUUUUGAAACUGUUGCCGUGCAAGGGGAAGGCGGGGAUUGCGUCUCUGUUGGAUGGGCAUAAACUAUUUGAUGCGAGCUGGCAAAGUAUGGCGAUUGAUGUCAGGCCGAUUUGUGUUGGAGAGGACGAGUGUGUGUUGCAGAUCGAGCAGACCAUUGAUAUGGUACUAGAUGUGGAUCGCGCGAAGAGGCCUAGAGAGAAUCCCAUUCCCCGUCCUCUCCCAUCUCACUUCCUCCCUUGCGACACAAGCAAACCAUACCACUCUCACGACACCUGCUUUCCCCUCGAUCACACUCGCAACCGGGACUGGUCCCUCACCCAGGUCUUCGGCCGUCCCCUGAAAGGCGCCUGUCCUUUAUCCAAUCCCUCCAUUCCGCCCAUCUGUCUCCACGUUCCCUCUUCUCGCAAGGUAUUUUUUGCUGGCGUAGCGGCCGAACAAGAAAACGAGAGGGAAAACAUUCGGUGCUACCAUCUUUCUCCAGAAGAAGAGUUCAACCUCGUCCUGCCUCCUCCAGAGUUACCCGACGCAGACGAGUUGGAUUUGGUCGUGCCCCCGACUCCGCCACCUCUUUACGCAGAAAGAAGCUUCACCGGCUACGGCCAAGAACGCGGUGGCGUGCAGGCACUGCUGCACAACCCUUCGAAGGCAGAACAUGUCUCGUUCAUCUACUUCGAGACACUUCCUUGGUUUAUGCGGAUUUAUCUACAUACGUUGACGGCGAGGCUUAUUCCAAAUAAUUCGACCACUUCCCCCCCAAAAGAUAUUAAGGUCAAGGAGAGUGUCGAUCUCAUAAAGAAGAUUAACUACCGCCCUGCUCUCGACCGCGCAAGGCCGUCUCAUCUGGAACUCCAUCUCACCGUUCCUCCUCUGUCUACGGUUCAGCUCACCUACACAUUUGAUAAGACCAUCCUACGGUAUACUGAGUACCCUCCAGACGCGAACCGGGGCUUUGAUGUCCCCGCAGCAAUUAUUACCGUUUUGCCUGAUGACUCCUCAGAUCCCUCUGCUCCCUCUCCCGACUCCAACCUCCAACCGCGUUACUCUCUAAGAACCACGACACUCCUCUGUUCCCUGCCCACACCAGACUUCUCCAUGCCAUACAACGUCAUAAUCUUUACUUCAACCGCCAUUGCCCUCGCCUUUGGUGGCGUGUUCAACAUUCUGGUGCGGCGGUUUGUGGCUGCCGAUGAGGGGCCUGUUGUUGGGAUAGCUGCGUUGAAGAGGAGGUUGAUGUUGAGGAUUGGAGGCUUGCUUAAGAAGUUGGGGGUAAAGGCCUAG